ACAUUUUUCAUUUCUUCUAACUUGCUGAUAAGUGGAUAAAAUCACUGAAUCACUAAAAAAAAAGGUCAUUUUAUCUUCUGUGGAGCUGUUUUUGUUUUCAGUGACGGAGGGAGGGUGCGCAGCUCCCGGAGCAGCGAUGGGCGGUCCCUGGCAAGAAGAGCUGCGCUCCUAUUGGGUGGUGGCUGUUCUUCGUAGGCGGAGCCAGCAGAGAACAAAUACUCGAGCUGCGCUGACGAACUGCAGAGGUUCCUCGGAGGAACGAAGCCAUGGAUGUGGUGUUCCGGGUGUGUUUGGUGCUGACAGCCGGAGCGUGGUUCGGCUCGGCGGAGAGACACAGCGUGUACUGGAACAGCUCCAACCCCAGCUUCAAGGAGGACGACUACACGGUGGAGGUGCGCAUUAACGACUACCUGGACAUCGUCUGCCCCCACUACGCCCACGGAGAGGUGCUGUCGCAGCUGGCCGAGCGCUACGUGCUGUACAUGGUGGAGAGGGAGGACUACGAGGUGUGCAAGCCUCACUCCUUCGAUCAGCUCCGCUGGGAGUGCUCCCGCCCCUUCGCUCCCCACGUGCCGGAGAAAUUCUCUGAGAAGUUCCAGCGCUUCACGCCCUUCACCCUGGGAAAGGAGUUCAGGCAGGGGGAGAGCUAUUACUACAUCUCCAAACCGAUGCAUCAGCACGGACACCAUCAUCACGGGAAGGACUGCCUGAGGCUGAGGGUGGACGUCGUCGGACACAAAGGCUCCUCAAAGUCUCCCUCGGACAAAUCCAAAGCAGAGGAGACGCAGAAAGAUGAAAGAAAAGGGACGUUUCUGGCUGCUGGAGGCGUCCACAACCCCACCAACGCACUCCCAGCAGAUGAUCCUGCUGUGAUGGAGCCAAACGUCCAGAGGAGCAUCGGCAGCUCUGCAGCACAGCUGCUGUCUGUGUCCGUCUUAUUUACCAUCAUCCCCGUUUUAUUAACCGCCGCGCUGCGCUGAACCCAACCACAGGCCCAAACAGAGACUUUUCUAAACCAAUGCUGGUUAUUGGCUCACAGAUUUAUUUUUUAUAAACUCUCCUUAUAAAUAUAAAUGAGCAUGUUUGUGUUGUUCAGUGUGUGUUUGACGUGUUUGUGUGAAUGUGGAGCGUGGAGCGCUCCAACAAAAGAGGACCUCAAAGUUGAUUUUUUUUACGUAUUUUUUUCUAUCGUUUUGAGGAUGUAAAUUUAAAAUUUUGGACUAUUUAAGAUGUACUACUUUUUUCAGUCGUGAACAGAAACUACGAGCAACAAGAAGCUAGGAAUAUGAGUGACGUCACAUCACCCUGACCCUGUUUUUAAUGUUCAUGUCGUUGGUACAGCUGUGCUUUGUAUCACCAAACACUUCUUUUUCCUCCUCUACAUGUAGAGAAUUUAUUGUUUUUGUUGUUGUUUGUUUUGUCGGUGAAAGUGAUAGAACUAAUGUAGGAUAUUUGUCAGGUUGUGUAGCACUCAGCUCCUGUUCACAACAUUGGAUUUAAAUUCUUUUUAUUAGUUUUUCUGGUCAAACUUUAGUAAGAUGCUGUCCUGCUGAUGAGACAAAAAGUGUUUAAACUAAACGAUGGGUUUCUGAUUCGGCAAUAAACUUAAAAUUUUAAAUGUUUUGUCUUUAAAAACGAGAAUCAGGAGCUGAGCUUCAUCAGUUCAUCUCAUCUCCACCGUCUCGAUGGUUUUAUGGUACACUGGUUGAUGUUUGCAGAAAUCAUCCUCGAAAUGAAGAAGCUUUUGUUCGUUUGUUUCUCCUCGAACAUGCUUGACUCGUUUUGUAAAUUUGUACAUAAGAUAAACCACAAGGCACUGUUUUAAGAUGUGAAAAAAUUAUUUGGUGAAAUUAAAAAACAAUGUUAUGAAAUGAAUUUU